CAAAGGCAAAUCAGUCUCACUACCAAACCAAAUCCAAUUAGAAACGGAAAAGCAUUUGGGAAAAAACAGCGGUGACCGUUUGCCUUGGAAAUACAAGGGACCAAAUCUACACAACUGUUAAAUGCUGUUGGCCGGCGGUCACAGACGCAAACCUCAAGGAUGUCCCAGCAGUGUGAGGAGCCUCGUUUCACCAUCGAGCAGAUCGACCUGCUUCAGCGGUUGCGGCGGACAGGGAUGACCCAGGCGGAAAUCCUCCAUGCAUUAGACACCCUUGACCGCCUUGACAGGAAGCAUGAACACAAGUUCAGCCACAGGGCUUCACACCUGUCGCCACCCACGACUUCUUCCUCUUCCUCCAUCACCGUCACUGCUUCUUCGUCCACCACAUCUACAGCUACUCAGACCAAUUUCCCAGGAAGCAGACCCUCUUCAUCACUUAGUAACAACUAUGAAAACUCUCCACCCCUCCCACCAACAGCCACCAACCCAGUCGCCAUGGUGGCAGCUCCCCAGAAUGGUCUCGUUGCCAUCACAAAUGGAAAACUUUCACCUCCACGGUUUCCCGUUAGCAUGGUUGCAACUAACAUGGCUGCGCAAGGCUAUGUGUUUGAUACUAGUGAAGAAGACCUGGACAUUGAUGAUAAAGUGGAGGAAUUGAUGAGAAGGGACAGUGCUGUGAUAAAGGAGGAGAUCAAGUCCUUCCUGGGGAAUAGACGGAUAUCCCAGGCUGUGGUUGCUCAGGUAACAGGGAUCAGUCAGAGUCGGAUCUCCCACUGGCUCCUCCAGCAGGGAUCAGACCUCAGCGAGCAGAAAAAACGUGCUUUCUUCCGCUGGUACCAGCUGGAGAAGACCAACCCUGGUGCAACGCUAGCCAUGCGUGCUGCUCCAUUGGGUAUUGAUGACAUGGUGGAAUGGCACCAAGCCACACCCCCACUUAGCUCCACCCCCGGAGGGUUUCGUCUGCGCCGGGGGAGCAGGUUCACCUGGAGGAAGGAGUGUUUAGCUGUUAUGGAGAGCUAUUUCAGUGAUAACCAGUAUCCCGAUGAAGCAAAGAGAGAAGAGAUUGCUAACGCAUGCAAUGCUGUCAUCCAAAAACCAGGAAAGAAGCUGUCUGAUUUGGAGAAGGUCACAUCUCUGAAGGUCUAUAAUUGGUUUGCAAACCGCCGCAAAGAGAUCAAGAGGCGGGCGAACAUAGAAGCAGCCAUCUUGGAGAGCCAUGGCAUCGAGGUGGAGAGUCCAGGAGGACAGUCCAACAGCGAUGAGGUGGACGGAAACGACUUUCCUGACCAGGGCUGUGAGGUGUCCUUGUUUGACAAGAGAGCUGCAAGCAGAGCGUUUGGCCUCAGCAGAGUGGACCUGUCCUCUCCUACCCAGGUCCCCACCCUUCUACCCAGCUGGUUGGCUGCCUGGCCUGCCCUGGGCAGAGGGGGCGUGGCAGGACAGAGGGGCAACUCUCUUAUAGGCCGUUCCCUAGUGUCGGGGGCGGGAUCUCAGGCAGAAGGUCCCAGACUGACUGGUGUGUCCUGGUCUCCCCCCUCCCCCUCCCUCCAGGAAGAACCCACCAAUCACAACUCGCUGACCGAACCCCAGGACCCAAUCACAUUGGCUGUGGAGAUGGCAGCUGUCAAUCACAGCAUCCUGGCCCUAGCAAAUCAGGUGGGCGUAACUGGGGGCGGAGCAGGAGGUGACAUCAAGACAGAGGCACUGGAGGACGACUGA